UGUUGGAAUAUACAACUAGCAUUAUUAUAACAAUGGAAAGCAAGUUUAAGUAAGUUAUAAAUCAGUGCUACCAUAUUUUAUGUCGUAAACUUAUUUUGUCAUGUCAUAAAUUUUCUGUUUUGUCGAAUUUAAUUUGCGACAUCAAAAAUGACAAAGCCAAAUUCUAUUAAAGAGAAAGAAAAAUUUACAACACAACAUACAAACAGCUGCCAAUUGAUAUAACUACAUCUUACCAAGCAAUUCAAUUACGAUUCAAAAGGAUGUCUCUAACAUUGGCGAGAUAUAUCCAGAUCUUCGAUCAAGCCGUCAAGAAUGAAGAUUCCCAGGCAUUGUUGAAUUGUGUUAGUAUUCAUCCUAUAAGUCAAGAUGGACCUCAACAAUCUGAAUUUAAUGAACCAAAUGAUUUUGAUUUAUAUUAUAUUGAUGAGAAAUUCCGACCUGUGAUACGAAGUCAUUUGAAAUUAAUGAAAUCAGUAUAUAAACAGAAGAAUAUCGAAACUUCAUUUCAAGAUUUGAAUGAAUUGGUUAAUCAUAUGAUUCGAGCUGGUGAUCAACAAACUAACUGGAUCAAUCGUCCUUUAAUUAAGAUUAUGAAUGAAUUGAUUGCGGUUUAUAAAAUCAAACAACAGAAAUAUCCUGAAGAUAUGAGUAGUUUUGAAUUCCAAGAUGAAUUGGGUGAAAGUAGUAUUAAUGGAUAUGAUAAAACUUCAAGUUUAGAACAAUUAGCUAAUACGAUUAAUAAAGGGUUUAAAUUAUCUUUAAAUGAUAAGAAUUUAGAAUUAUCAAAAAGUAAACGAAUUGAUAUUUAUUAUUUAUUAGCUAAUUUAAUUCGAAUUUAUUUUAAAAUGAAUAAAUUAGAAUUAGCAAAAUCAUUAGAGAAAGCUUUAUUAGGAGCAAGAUUUCAAUUACCAAAUCCAACUACCACCAUUAUAAAUAAAAAAUAUUCUAUUAUUUAUCUUUAUUAUAGUUCAUUAUUAUUACUUGAUGAAGGAGAAUUUUUAAAAUCAGAACAAAAAUUAAUUACUUGUUAUCAAAUCUUAACUAAUUAUAGUGACAAUAUCAAUUUAAAUUUAAAUCAAUUAAAGAAGAUUUUAUUAUUAUUAUUACCAUUAAGGUUAUAUAAUCAUGGAAAGUAUCCUAAGACAGAUAGUGAUAUUUGGGAAAGAUUUCCUGAUUUAAACCUUAUUUAUAAACAAAAUUUAUUUAAAAGUAUCAUUGAAGGGAAUAUUUAUCAAUUUAAUCAAUCAAUUUCCAAAUUUGAAACUAUUUUCUUAAAUCAUCAUCUUUAUUUAUUAAUUGAAUUAUUAAGACAACAAUGUUAUUUAAAUUUAUUUCGGAAAACUUAUAAAAUCAUUGAAUUAGAAAGUAAUGAAAGUGAAGAUACUACCAAACAAUCUCAACCUCAUAUAGUUCCCAUUAAUGCCUUUCAAUUAGCUUAUGAAUAUUCAUUGAAUUCGCAAUCAGAAAAACAACAACAACUUCAAGAUCAACCUCGUAUAUUUCAAACAAGCUUAGAUGAAAUUGAAUGUUUAUUAGCUACGUUGAUUACAAAUGGGAAAGUAAAGGGAUAUCUUUCUCAUAGCAAUAGAUGUAUAGUAUUAUCGAAGAAUAAUCCCUUCCCAAGAUAGCCACCCCAUCAGUGUAUAUAUAUCCAUAUAGAAUUGAUAGAAAUAUCAAAAAAAGUAAUGAAUAAAAUGACAUAGAGAAUUAAAAGUUAGUACUAGUAAUCUGGUUGUAAAGAGGUUUGAAAUAUCGGCAAUAACUCGAAUCAUGAGCCAUGAAAUUACCGGGAUAUCAUCCAUUAUAAUGUUUGCUUUGCAACAAAGUAUAAACUACGGUAAAGGUGGGAUAUGUCUCGAAGAAUCCAAUUUUUUUGAUAUGACAGGUUUUUUUAUUUAAGUAUGAGAGGUGUGGAAGAGUGAAAAGUGAAAAAUUUAAAGGCUAUGGAAGCCAAUUUGAUAGUAAAUAGAAGGAAUAAGCCAACUAAUAAACUUAUUAGUUAACUGCGGUAUUUUCCAACUUAAUAAUUAGUUCAUACAUACAUACUACAUAC